AUAGUUAGUCAGAUUUAUUUUUCUGCUGACCGCAGAAAGGGGGAGGGAGGUAGUCGCUGUUCCUUAAAAAAAAUAAAAAAAUAAAAAACAAUAACCCUGGUGUCCAGCAUUCCUCUUGUUUUGCCGUCUCGCUUUUAUUAGCGCGUCUCAAGUCUCAUCAGGGCAGCUAGCCUCGGGAGGACUUUGUUUUCAUGGAGGAGGAGGCAUGGUCCUUCAACUACAUAAUACAUUCAAAUCCACAAAGAAGAGAGGAACGGCAGAGAAGAAUUUUUUUUUUUCAGAGCAUUUUGGUGCAUUUCUAAUGCAUUGUUUUAAGAAAAUACCUGCAAGCGUAGAAUAAUAAUAAUAACAAAAACACUGAAUUAAAAACCAAUUUACUGAGAGAGAGAGAGAGAGAGAGAGAGAGAGAGAGAGAGAUAAUUAACUUCACUGCAAGAAGUCAAGUCAGAUUUAUUUUCUUCUCCUUGCUUGGAAGUUGAUUAAAUAAAUGCAUUCAACGGCUGAUGCAUCUGAAGAUGACAGCGUUUGAUGGGACUGAGUGACUAAUGUAAAGAAGAUCACCGUUUCUGACAGCGUAUAAAACAAACUGAACACUACAGCGCCGAGGUAAACAGCCUUGCGUUUGCACGGUAGAGAGGAGGGGGUCGAACCAGAGAAAGUGUUUAUGCAAACUUAACAAAAGGCUGCAGCUAUCGGUCUGUUUGCAGCCUGAUUCACAAGCGUUUUAUAACCCGCCUUCUGCAUCCUGGCAAGAAACGCCUCCAAACGCAGAACAAAAGCUGCUGUGCCAGAGUGCAUGGCUGAAGUCCGUCGUGUUUAACAGUCCCAGUCCAGUCCAGCAGAUCUGUUCGGAGGGCCAGGAAACAUCAAAGCCUCCUGGUUCUGCUAGCCUGUGUGCUUUUUCUUGUGUGUCCGUAGCAGGUGAUGUCUCUUCUCUAACCUUUCUCCCUCCACUUGCUAAUCCUCCUAGUUAACAGGCAUUCAGCUUUCGGGACAGACAUGGAUGACUAUGACGUGAGAUCAGCGGCUAGCAUUCUAGCCUCAGUUAAAGAGCAGGAGGCGCGCUUUGAGCGGCUGACCCGGGCCCUCGAGGAGGAGCGGCGCAACGUCAGCCUGCCCUCGGAGCGACUGAGCAUGUGCAGCGCUGGCAGCAGCAGCCAGCCCCUGGCGUGGCAGCAGAUAGUACUGCAGGAGCAGAGCCCCAGUAACCAGACCUCCAUAGCCAUGAUGCAGGAGCCUCCAGAGGUGCUGGAGGAAACGGUGACUAUUGAAGAGGACCCGGGAACGCCCACCUCCCACGUUUCCGUGGUAACAUCAGAGGAUGGAACUACUCGCCGGACUGAGACAAAGGUGACCAAGGUUGUUAAAACCAUCACUCGCCGCACCUUCCACCCGGUGACAGUAACAGAGAGGCUGGUGGAUUCCCGGCCGCACACCCCCACUCCGGAGACAGACCCUGUCACCAAAAUGGUGAAAACCGUGACCACCAGGACGGUGCGCCAAGUUCCCCUGGGGCCGGAUGGCUUGCCCAUACCGGACGGGUCUUCCCCUCUCGGCAGCUACACGGAUUCCAUCGACCGGAGGUACCUGAAGAACGGGGACCGCUACAUCACCCCACAGGCCACCUCCACCCUGACCAGAUCCUUCAACAACUACAGUGAUUCCUACGCCGACAGCCCCGAUAACCAGUACCGGCACUACGGCAUCCACGACAGCUACGCCGACGUGUCCGACAACUACGGCAGCCUUUCCAGAGGGGUCAACUACCGGCCUCGCUACGGCUACAUGCCAGCAAACUACCGGCCGGAGAACAGCUACACCCUGCCCAUCAGGAAGGACGACUACGGACACAUAGCCCAGCCGCAGGUGCCCAUAGGCAGCAGCGCAGAGCUGAACCGCUCCCAGCCGGAGCGCUUCCAGCCAGAGCCGUACGGUUUGGAGGAUGAUCGCCGCAGUCUGGGGCCUGAGGAAGAGGAGGCAUAUGACCUGGAACCAGACUACUCCACAGUCAAUAGGAGGACUCUUGGCAGUGCUGACCGGGGCAGACCAGGCAGGGAGUUAAUCAGAGAGCCAAGCAGGGAGCCCAUGAUGAGAGAGCCAGUUCGAGGAAGAGGCUGCUACGAGGACCCCAUAGAGGCUGAACUGAUCGACGAGCGCCACCCCUACCUGCAGGGCAUCUACACGGCACCCCUGGCCCAGCCCGAGCGAGGCAGCAUGGCCAGCCUGGACCGCAUGGGCCGUCACUCGCCCUCCAUUGACAGCAUGCGCAAAGACCCCCGCUGGAGGGACCCCGACCUGCCGGAGGUCAUCGCCAUGCUGGGGCACCCCAUCGACCCGGUCAAGUCCAACGCGGCCGCCUAUCUGCAGCAUCUCUGCUACGAGAACGACAGGAUCAAGAAGGAUGUGCGCCACCUGAAGGGGAUCCCCAUACUGGUGGGGCUGCUGGACCACCCCAAGCCUGAGGUGCACCGCAAGGCCUGCGGAGCCCUCCGCAACAUCUCCUACGGCAAGGACAACGACAACAAGGUGUCCAUCAAGAACUGCGACGGCAUCCCUGCCCUCGUCCGCCUGCUGAGGAAGACCAGCGACAUGGAGGUGCGGGAGCUCAUCACAGGCACACUGUGGAACCUCUCCUCCUAUGAACCCCUCAAGAUGGUCAUCAUCAACCACGGCCUUCAGACGCUGACAAACGAGGUGAUCAUCCCCCACUCGGGCUGGGAACACGAACCCAAUGAGGACUCCAAGCCUCGGGACGCCGAGUGGACAACUGUCUUCAAGAACACGUCCGGGUGUUUGAGGAAUGUCAGUUCGGACGGUGUGGAAGCUCGGCGGCGGCUGAGGGAGUGCGGUGGCUUGGUGGAUGCGCUUCUCCAUGCUCUCCAGUCAGCCGUUGGGAAGAAGGACAUGGACAAUAAGUCUGUGGAGAACUGCGUGUGCAUCAUGCGGAACCUGUCCUAUCACGUCCACAAGGAAGUGCCAGGGGCAGAGAACUUCUUGGAGCCCUCAGCCAAUCAGAGUGGAGGCCCGGGAGCGCUGCAGAAGAAGAAGAAGGAUGACGCAGGGUGUUUCGGGGGGAAGAAAGCUAAGGAGGAGUGGUUUGAUCAAGGAAGGAAGAAUGGAGAGAGUGACAAAAACUACGACACUCUGGAUCUGCCCAAGCGCACUGAGCCAACCAAAGGGUUCGAGUUGCUUUACCAGCCAGAGGUGGUGCGUCUGUACCUGUCGCUUCUCACCGAGAGUCAGAACUACAACACGCUGGAGGCUGCGGCCGGGGCUCUGCAGAACCUCAGUGCAGGACAGUGGACUUGGUCGAUGUACAUCAGAGCUACUGUUCGGAAAGAGAAAGGCCUGCCGAUCCUGGUGGAGCUGCUGAGGUCCAACUCAGACAAGGUGGUGCGGGCGGUGGCCAUCGCUCUCCGAAACCUGUCCAUCGACCGCCGCAACAAAGACCUGAUAGGCAGCUAUGCCAUGCGGGACUUGGUGAGUAACUUACCCAGCGGGCAGCAGAGACCAGCCAAGAACCUGGAGGAGGACACGGUGGUGGCCAUUCUCAACACCACCCACGAGAUUGUAACAGACAGCUCGGAAAAUGCCAGGUCCCUGGUACAGGCACAGGCCAUCGGGAAGCUUGUAGCCAUCAACAAAACCAGCCAGUCUUCGAGAGAGACGAAGGCAGCCUCUCAUGUUCUGCAGACGGUGUGGAGCUACAAGGAGCUGAGGAACGCUCUGCACAAGGAAGGCUGGAACAAAACGCAUUUCCAGCCCGCAGCAGCUGCCCCUCCCAAAGGUUCAAAGAGUGGAGGGAAGCCCGGGUACGACGACAGCACUCUACCAUUGAUGGAGAAGAACCAAGGAAACAAGAAAUCUGGCAGUGCUGAUAUGAUACCAAUGGAUGAACUUGGGCCAGAUGCAUAUUCAACGAUUGAUCACAGAGACAAAGAGAGCAAGUUCAAAACUAGAGAAGGAUCGAGGGACGUGGCAGAAAGGGAUCCUUUAAAGAAUGACACAAAUAGGAAAAACUUUAUCAGGAGCAACAGGCCCUCAGUGAAUCUGGUGGAUGCGUGUGAUACUGAACAUCAGCCUGUUGACUCCUGGGUCUAAUUGCAUGCAUGGCUUAAAUUUAAAAUUGCAAUCCUGAAUUUUAAAAGAGGAUCUCACGUUUCACCACUGCCAUUCGACUUGGAGGUCAUUUUCUUUGUGGACAUGCCAGUGGACUUUAAAAAAAAAAAAAAAAAAAAAAAAAAAAAAAAAACACACACAACAAAAACUAUUUAUCAUUACAUGAACUUACUGUGCUUUUCAACAAAUGAAAAAAAAACAAUUAAAAAAACCCUACGUACUACUGUCAUAUCAACAUUCCCACCAGGCGUAGCAACCCCUGCCCCAGAACGAGCUCUCAUGGGAUUGGUCGGAUUCUGCAGUUUAUCCAGAAGGUAGUUGGUGUCGAGUAAGAGAAUAGAAGGUUUGUGGUGGGAACACUUGUUUCAUUGAAAAAAAAGGUAAAACUAAAAACUUUAACUGUAUUUUAGAACAGUCACAAGUGUUAGUACUUAUUUUAUUUUUUUAAGCAAAAAAAAAAAGUUCCGUUCUUGCAGAGCGUAUUGUGAGCAGACACCUGCCUAGAAUCUGCUCUCCAAGAACACAGACAAAAACCAUUCAGUGUUUUUCAUUUUGAGUUUUGGAUUGGUUUCCUUUCCUAUGUUUGUUUUUUUUGUUUUAGUUUUGAAGAACGAGGGAGUGAAUGUCGGUUUGAUGGAUUUCUAGGGGGAAGAAUGUUUCUUUGUUUGGAUUGAGUUUGGGGCUGGAAAGCACAAGGGUAGUAGAAUCCUCUUGGAGAGUAUGCUAAUGCGAUCUACACAAUGCUUGCUUCAUUAACGUUCUCCAUGUAAAGAGUUUCACUGUUUUUAAUUCACCGCAAGGUCGGUUUAAAGUGCAAGACAUGACGGAGGUGUUCAAGCGUCUUUUGAACCAGGGCAGCCAGCAAUGAAGAUCUCAGUUGCUAAUCAGGGCCUGAGGGAAGUGUGGAAUGCCAUAGUGUAAUAUGGAUCCAAUCUGUGUGGUUCUGCGUAUCCCAGCAAUGUAGAGCAAACAAAUCACAAACAGUAUGCAGAUGUACUCGGAGGUCUUGGACUUGGCUAACCCUUUCUUCAAAGAAGACAAUGGAGUAUUUGCUAUGUGAGCAGGGAGCAUGUUCCACAUUGCAGUUAACCUGCCUCUUCAGCGAUUUCACACCUCUCUUAACAAGUCCAGCUUUGGUUUGUAUUAAAAAAAAAAAAAAAAUUUCAAUGUUGUGCAUAAACAGUGUGUGUUGGGGAGGGAGGUUUCAUCUCCUUUGAAAGCAUUUUAUAUUUUUGUGUUGGUUUUAUAAAUGUAUAUGAAGAAAACGUAACCCAAACGUGUUCGCUGGUGUUUGUGCAUUGUGACGUGUGGAUGUGUACCGGAGACCCCUGCAUUGCACAUCAUCGGUGGAAGAGAAGCCGUGGAGUUCUGGCUGCAAAUCCGCCGAGGCGCGUCGCGCACUCAUUUGUAUUUUGUAACAGCACAAGUAAAAUAUAUAUAUAUAUAUAUAUAUAUAUAUAUAUAUAUAUAUAUAUAUAUAUAUAUAUAUAUAUAUUUAUAUAUAUAUAAUCUACUACUACUUCUUUUGUUUAAAGAAAGAAAAAAAGGAAAUAAAUCCAGAGAUUCCUAACCUGGUUUCCAGAUUCUUAAGAAGCUCCAGUUUUAGCUGCAGGGGUAGACAGAGGUCAGAGAGGUCCCCUUUAACCAGCUUUCAGUGCAAUGCCGUUCGCAAGAGAGACACUAACCAAUACAAUGAGAUGUACAUAUACAUAUACAUACACAUACACACACACAUACACUUAUACAUAUAUAUAUAUAUCUGUAUGCGUUACUCUGAUUUUGAUGCAUCUUUUUAAAACCCUUUUUCAAGCAAGCAUGAUAAAGUGAAAUGUAAUCUAAUCUGUUCACUCUACUGCCAUCUCUGUUGGUGUUACUUACAUUGAAUCAUUCGGAGUAGCCAGAGGACGGAGGGCUAGCGACUCACAGCUUAAAGCAGGGCUUGUGUUAGUUUAAGAAAUAAAAAGAUGACUAUUACGGUUUCCGGUUGGGCAUAUUGCCUUGGAAGGGAUGCAUGAGCUGCCUAAAAUACUGGAGGGAGGGGGGGGGGGGGGGGAUGACAAAACCAAACCAAACCCUCAGCUAUGUGUCGGGUUCUGUGUUCAUUUUUCUUUUUUCUUUUCCAAUGCACUUUAUUGCCCCAAUGCACGCCCUGGAAUGGCUGUGGGCUGCUCCACACACAUCAGUCAUAGUGAUGAAUCAAGCACACGCUCUGCUCUCCAGGAUCCAUAAGGCUGAUUCAUGCAUUCAUCUGCUUGUUCCUUCAUCCAUUCAUUAAAGCUGAGAAUGGCAUGUGCCUGCGUUAAAGUACUAUUUCUUUACUAUGUGAUUUUUUUGAAAGUCUUGUAUUUUUUUAAAAUAUGCUACAAAGAAAUAUAUUGCUAGUGUAACAAUAUUAACUUUUGAUUUUAAAAUGAGCAAGAACCCAGAUUUAAAAAGAUUAAUAAUACUUUUAUAAGAUGGCAAGAACUGUCUAUCCCUGGGUGCUGUUUAGCAGUGUGCUACCAAAGGGCCUGAAAUAGUAGUUGUUGUUUUUUUAAGAAAAGGCCAGGGGUUUGUUGCUGUAUAUAUAUUAAACUGUACUUUUAACCAUACUGAUACAAAACUUGCUGUGAACGAACUCGAAUGAACAACAGCUGAAGAAAUGAAGAACGAGCAAGCCCUACCGAUGUAGAUAUCUCUGAUCAAAAUUGUUUAAAUAAAAGUAACUGUAAUACUUAGUAGCAAAUGUGUUUGUAACUAUCAUGUGCCUUAAACUUUUCAUGGUAGAUUAAAAAAGAACAAUAACCAUGUGUUUUAUAUACUGUUACGCUUAGCGUUAUCAAUGUAGUCUCUAGACAGCUGGGGUUUUGCAUUGUACUAUAUUGUAUUGUAACCCUGAAAAGCGUGCAAACAGGUUUGAUUUAGUAGCAGAGCAAGUGGUUUAUGCUUUCGUAGGAAUGGAAAUCGACACUACAGUGACAGAAUGUGUCAUGUUAAUUUCACUAAUAUCCUGCAGAGUAUUCAGCUUGUUUAAAAGAACACAGGUUUGGAGAAAUAUCAAUUUGGUGUGUUUUCAAUAAACCAUGCCUGGAAAGAACAUGAAGGAAAA